UCUUGACACCUACACUGCUGUUACCCACACCCCCUGCCCCCUGGAAGAUCUUCCAUCAGGUUGAAGGGGGGAUUUUGCACUUCCCGGGACCUGGGUCUAGCCAUACGUAGGGUCAGAGGCACUGAGGGAUUUGUAAACUUGUGAUUGAGACCACAGCGUUGAGACUUGGGUCUCCCUCUCAGUAUUUAUAGCUGUCUCUCCUCCCAGGAUUACAACAAAAACCCGAAACCAUGCCUCUGGGAACACCUGCUCCUCUGGCCAAAAGGAAAAAGCCCUCAAAGAUCAUCUCUGAUUUGUCACAUAUUGCUCAGCAUGAACCAGAAGUAGAGGCCUCAGAGUUGGACCUGGGUGUUAAGGUUAGAACUCCCAAGGAUAUCAUGCUGGAGGAGCUUUCACUCAUGAAAAAUCGAGGUUCCAAGAUGUUCAAGAUGAGGCAGAAGAGAGUAGAACAGUUCAUUUACGAAAAUAACCCAGACAUCUUCACCGCUGAGUGCAUGGACAACCUGCAGAACUUUGUUGGGGGGCAGUUUGGUGGGCAGAUGAUAAAUGCUGGAGGACAGCUCAUCAGUCAUCAGACUGGAACAAUCAAUUUGGGGACUCUGCAGUUUGUGGACGGUGUGCCUGUGCCUCCCCCAAAACCCGGAAGCAAAGGAGCAGGAGCCGGAGGAGCAGGUGGUGUGGGAGGAGCCGGAGGAGCCGGAGGAGCCGGAGGAGCAGGGGGCGUGGGAGGGGCAGGAGGUGAACAUGGGAAAGGUGGAGAACAAAGUAGUGAGUGGUCUCCACUGAAAGGUGGUGGAAGAGAUGAGAAGAAGCAUGUUCUUGUUGUGAAAACAUACGUGUCUCCAUGGGAAAAGGCAAUGAAGGGUGAUGAAAAUCUUUUAGCCACACUCAAGGCUGAAAUGCCAGGCCCUAUUAAAUACAUGGACCUCCCAAAGUACAGAUGCUUUAACAGGAGUGCAAUGCCCUUUGGUGGGUUCGAGAAGGCCAAUCAGUUUUUGAAAUUCCAACUGCCAGAAGCAGAGCCGACCAAACCAGAGCCUGAGCCUCCAGUGGUGUACCAGCAUGACGUCGGCUGCCGACCAUCGUUCAACCGCACUCCCAUUGGCUGGGUGGGCAGCAGUGAGCCCAGCACCAUUCAUAUGGAAACAGAUGCUGUGCCUUUUGAUGGGGAAACUGAUGAGCUGUAAAGUCAAAGUACAAUAAUGCAAAUAAAGAAUGUGUACAGAGCAAA